GCCAGUCAGAGAGCGGGAUUUGUGACUGAAGAUUGAGCUUCAUACAGACUAAAACUUCCUCCUGUGUCCAACAUCUGAUAUUAGAGGGGGAGGAAUUGCGGACAGAAAUCUCAAACCAAAAAUCACAUCAAGAUCUCACAGUGUCAUUCAAUUCAUCAGGACCUGAAUAUAAUUGACCUUUGAAUGUGGAGAAACGUUUGUCUGUUCUGACUGUGGGGAAAGAUUUGAAACAUUGGUGUGAUUGGAAGAGCACGAAGACAAGCACACCCGAGUGUGGAAAGAGCUUUAAGCAGUUACACAGACUGAAAAACCAUCACACCGUUCACAACGGGGAGACACCACCCAUGUGUUCUGUGUGUGGACAAGGCACCAAUUGAUCAACAGACGUGGAGAUACACGAGGACACUCGCACCAUGGAGAAACUGUGGAAAAGUGGGGACGGUGGGAAGGGAUUCCAAACCACAUCUAUGCUAGAAACUCAUCGACACAUUCACACCGGGGAGAGGCCAUUCACCUGCCCUGUGUGUGGGAAGGGAUUCACUCAUUCCUCACAUCUAGUGGCACACCAGAUUGCUCACACCAGGGAGAGGCCACUCACCUGCUCUGUGUGUGGGAGAGGAUUCACUCAGUCAUCCCACCUAGUGGCACACCAGAUAGCUCACACUAGGGAGAGGCCACUCACCUGCUCUGUGUGUGGGAAGGGAUUCAGUAAGCCACUACACUUACUGGCACACCAGAUAGCUCACACCAGGGAGAGGCUGCUCACCUGCUCUGUGUGUGGGAAAGGAUUCACUCAUUCGUCCCACCUAGUGGCACACCAGGUAGUUCACACCAGGGAGAAGCCAUUCACCUGCUCUGAGUGUGGGAAAGAAUUCACUCAGUCAUCCCACCUACUGGCACACCAGGUAGUUCACACUGGGGAGAGGCUGUUCACCUGUUCUGUGUGCGGGAAGGGAUUCACUCAGUCAUCCCACCUAGUGACACACCAAGUCGCUCACACCAGAGAGAGGCCAUUCUCCUGCUCUGAGUGUGGGAAGGGAUUUACUCAGUCUGUGCACCUAGUGGCACACCAGGUAGUUCACACUGAGGAGAGGCCGUUCACCUGCUCUGUUUGUGGCAAGGGAUUCACUCAGUCAUCCCACUUAGUGGCACAUCAGGUAGUUCACACCAGGGAGAAGCCAUUCAUCUGCUCUGAGUGUGGGAAGGGAUUCACUCAGUCAUCCCACCUAGUGGCACACCAGGCAGUUCACACCAGGGAGAAGCCAUUCACCUGCUCCGAGUGUGGGAAGGGAUUCACUCAUUCAUCCCACCUAGUGGCACACCAGGUAGUUCACACCAAGGAGAGGCCAUUCACCUGCUCUGAGUGUGGGAAGGGAUUCACUCAGUCUGCGCACCUAGUGGCACACCAGGUAGUUCACACCAGGGAGAGGCCUUUCACCUGCUCUGUGUGUGGGAAGGGAUUCACUCAAUCAUCCCACCUAGUGGCACACCAGGUUGCUCACACCAAAGAGAGGCCUUUCACCUGCUCUGAGUGUGGGAAGGCAUUCACUCAGUCUACGCACCUAGUGGCACACCAGGUAACUCACACCAGGGAGAAGCCAUUCACCUGCUCUGUGUGUGGGAAGGGAUUCACUCAGUCAUCCCACCUAGUGGCACACCAGGUCGUUCACACCGGGGAGAGGCCGUUCACCUGCUCUGAGUGUGGGAAGGGAUUCACUCAGUCAUCCCACCUAGUGGCACACCAGGUAGUUCACACCGUGGAGAGGCCGUUCACCUGCUCUGAGUGCGGGAAGGGAUUCACUCAGUCUGCGCACCUAGUGACACACCAGGUAGUUCACACCAGGGAGAGACCGUUCACCUGCACUGAGUGCGGGAAGGGAUUCACUCAGUCAUCCCACCUAGUGGCACACCAGGUAGUUCACACCGGGGAGAGGCCAUUCACCUGCUCUGUGUGUGGGAAGGGAUUCGCUCAGUUAUCCCACCUGCUGACACACCAACAAGUUCACACUGGAAAAGACCAUUCACCCGCUCUCGAUGUGGGAAGGAUUCACUCAGUCGUCCCAUCUGCAGACACACUGGCAAGUUCACACUGGAGAGAGACCCUUCACUUGCUCCAUGUGUGGGAAGGGAUUCGGUCUUCCAUCCUACCUGCUGACACAUCAACAGGGUCACACCGGGGCGAGGCUGUUUGCCUGCUCUGAUUGGAGGAAGGGAUUCACUCGGUUAACCAACCUGCUCGGUCUGUGGGAGUUAAUUGUGUCAAUUGAGGUAAAAUAUAUACAGGUGCAGGGCAUUUAUUGGAUGGUUACUUGAGCACGUAUAAAGAGACACUACUGUUACAUAGUGGGCUUGGCCUAAAUAGCCAAGUGGUUAUGGUACUGAGCUUGUAACCCCAAGAUCAAGAGUUCAAAUCUCACAAUGGCAAACUAUGAAACAAUAUAACUUCAUCUGGAAACAGAUGGAAAAGUGUUUGUACUCGAAAGAGUUACUGACACAUAGUGGGGUGUAUUCAGGAGGUUAUAUACCUGUAAUGUAUCACACUGUGAA